AUGGGCCCACGAGCCCGGCCCGCGCUGCUUCUGCUGAUGCUCUUGAGGACGGUGGCCCCCCACAAAAGGCAGCCACGGUCACACUCUCUGCACUACCUCUUCAUGGGGGCCUCCCAGCCAUACCUUGGGCUGCCAUUGUUUGAGGCUUUGGGUUACGUGGAUGACAGGCUGUUUGUAUCCUACAAUCAUGAGAGUCGUCGUGCUGAGUUCCGCACACCAUGGAUCCAGAGUGGGGCUACCAGCCAGCUCUGGCUGCAGCAGAGUCAGAGCCUGAAAGGGUGGGACCACAUGUUCACUGUUGACUUCUGGACCAUCAUGGACAACAACAACCAUAGUGAAGAGUCCCACACCCUGCAGGUGAUUCUGGGCUGCGAGGUAAAGGAAGAUAACAGCACCAGGGGCUUCUGGAAAUAUGGAUACGAUGGACAGGACCACCUUGAAUUCUGCCCUGAGACACUGGAUUGGAAAGCAGCAGAUGCCAGGGCCCAAGUCACCAAGCUGGAGUGGGAAGUGAACAAGAUUCGGGCCAAGCAGAACAGGGCCUACCUCGAGAGGAACUGCCCUGAACAGCUGCAGCAAUUGCUGGAACUGGGAAGAGAGAUUCUGAACCAGCAAGUACCUCCUUCUUUAGUGAAAGUGACUCAUCAUCUGACCUCUAAAAUGACAACUCUACAAUGUCAGGCUUUGAACUUCUUACCCCAAAGCAUCACCAUGAGGUGGUUGAAGGACAAACAGCCACUUGAUGCCAAAGAGGUUGAUGUGGAUAUCCUACCCAAUGGAGAUGGGACAUACCAGGGCUGGAUGACUGUGGUUGUGCCUUCUGGGGAAGAACAAGGAUACACCUGCCAAGUGGAACAUCCAGGCCUGGACCAGCCCCUCACUGCCACUUGGGAACCUUCACCUUCUGGCACCUUAGUCAUUGGACUCAUCAGUGGGAUUGCUGUGUGUUUCAUCAUCUUCCUUAUUGGACUUUUGUUCAGAAUCUUAAAGAAGAGGCAUGUUUCCAGAGGAACUCUGGGGGACUAUGUCUUAGCAGAAGGUGAGUAA